AUGUCGUUUCUGCCGUCGUCGCUGCUGAAAUCGUUUUCUGGUAGAUCCGCAGAAGAGUCUUACGAAGAUAAACACAAAGACGUGUCAUCUCAACUGUUGUAUCCGGAUUCCACACAGCAACAUGUUAGAUUCGGAAAAGACAAAAACGGAUAUGAAGAAGAAAAUGCCGAGUAUCAAGAAGAAACUAUCGAAGGUGAAGAACCAAUUACUGAGGACGAAGAAGAAUCCGCCGAAGAAGAAAUUUUCGAGGAUGAAGAAGAAACAGGGUUGGGAUAUGGUGAAGUAGAAAAUAUCGAAGGUGAAGGUGCCGAAGGUGAAGAAGAAAUCGCCGAAGAAGAAAGUUCCGAGAAUGAAGAAGAGACAGAGUUAGGGUAUGGUGAAGUAGCAAAUACCGAAGGUGAAAUUACCGAAGGUGACGAAGAAACAUACAAAUAUGAAGCAGAAACUGCCAUAGAUGAAGCAGAAACUGCCGAAGAAGAAGCUACUGAAGAUGAAGAAGAAACUGCCAAAUAUGAAGCAGAAAGUGCCAAAUAUGAAGCAGAAACUGCCGAAGAAGAAACUACCGCAGAUGAAGAAUACACUGCCAAAUAUGAAGCAGAAACUGCCGAAGAAGAAACUACCGCAGAUGAAGAAUACACUGCCAAAUAUGAAGCAGAAACUGCCGAAGAAGAAACUACCCCAGGUGAAGAAUACACUGCCAAAUAUGAAGCAGAAACUGCCGAAGGUGAAGAAUACACUGCCGAAGAUGAAGCAGAAACUGCCGAAGGUGAAGAAUACACUGCCGAAGAUGAAGCAGAAACUGCCGAAGGUGAAGAAUACACUGCCGAAGAUGAAGAAGAAAUUGCCGAAGAUGAAGAAGAAAUUGCCGAAGAAGAAGCUACCGAAGGUGAAGAAGAAAUUGCCGAAGGUGAAGCUACCGAAGGUGAAGAAGAAAUUGCCGAAGGUGAAGAAGAUGGAGAAGAAUAUACCGAAGACGAAGACAGUGGUGCUGAAGAUAAAGAUAAAGAGGUGCUAUUUCCGGGAAAUGUCAUAAAUAGCCGUCGGGGACAUACUGUAGGUUUCGUCAUGGAGGACAAAAUUAUCGAAUACGAUGAAGAAACUGCCAGAGGUACAGAUGAAGUAGAAGAGAUGUUGUCUGUGGACAAAAUCGAGAUAAAACAUCCGACGAAGCAGGAGAAUUCACCGAAAUGCUGUAUUGGAAAACUUUCCAGUAAGGGCUGUGUGCCAUAA